AUGGUGUCCCUUGACAGUGCAAGACCAACCUUGUGCACCGCAUCGCACAACCUUCAACCAUCAUACUGUAUUACAUACGUUCUGCUGAACGAUUCUGUGUGCAAGCAAAACCCGAUAUCACUGCAUAUGAAGACGAAGAAAGAAAGUGAUUCGUGCCUGCCAAAGACAGGAGAGACUCCGAAGCCACGUAAUCCGCGGCUACAGCUGGAUGGACUUCCCACAGAACUCCUCGUCCAGAUCUUCCAAUAUGUUGCGUUCGACGAGUAUAUGGGCCAUCGCGGUCUGUUCGAAUUGAGGUGGAAAGAGACUUUACAAGACAGAAGUGACGUAUGGAAGCAAUACAUGCGGCGUACCACAUCACAAGACCCCAAGUCGCAUCCAUCCUGGAUAUAUCUACGCGAUGUGAUGAAAGCACACUAUUCCACCCGGCUAUCAGCCAUCGCUGCCAGUCUUCUAGCAGAUUCAAUGUGCCUGCUAGAUCUCAGAUACACAAUGGACGCUGAGAUCAAGACUAGGAAGCUAAACACCCAGAUGAAACAACUGAAAGAGCUGUGUGAGCUCCUGCAUAUAAACGGGUUGUAUCACAUGCGGCAUCUCGUGCUCCGGCGCGUACGCUUUGCGAUAUGCACCCUCAGCCUCGACACAACCACAGCCGUCGACUUCACAGCGACAUUUAUAUUGGACAUAUCAGACGACGGAAGGCAUGCCAAAGUCACUGUUGUCCCCGAAUUCCACCACCUAGUACAGACAUAUAAGCACACGAACCAUACCAUGCGCGCAGAAACAGGGGCGGACCAGGCAUCAGAGACGAAGCAACUAACGAGCUCGCAAUUAUCGAAGCUGGAAUGGGCGCUGCAGGAUGCGCAAGAGCAUUUCAGGCGCUGGUGGGAGAGCGACAUACAGACACUCUUGCGAAACCGGAGCAAAAGGCAUUUCGACAUGCUUGAUAAAUCGCUGCGGAACCUUUGGGCGGUUUCGGUGGCGCAGCGACGUGAGUCGUUUGAUUUUGAUGAUGUGCAGCUCAGGCACGAGUUGAGGGAGAAUGGGUUUAUGAUGCAUCAAGGUCUUCCAGAAUGUGCGGCUACUGGGCUCCAUGGAUACAGUAGAGGUCUUGAUUUCCAGGAGAACAGAAUGCUUGUAACCUCUCACUGA